AUGUCGUCGUCAUCACAAGUCACCGAGUCAUGGAUAUCCUCUUUUUGCGGCCUGCUGGGCCAUGAGUACUUCGCCGAGGUGUCGGAGGACUUCAUCGAGGACGACUUCAACCUCACCGGGCUCCAGUCGCAAGUACCCAUGUAUAAGGAAGCGCUAGAGAUGAUACUGGACGUCGAGCCGGAAGACGACGAGGAAGAGGAGGAUGAGGAUGAAGAAGAUGAGGAGGACGACGAGAUCCUGGGCGACGAAAGACCGACGGGUUACCGAAGGGCGAGCGACCGAAGACACCUACGGAUAGCAUCAGAUCUCAGCGUGAUAGAAAGCUCCGCAGAGUUGCUCUACGGAUUGAUACACCAGCGCUAUAUCACGUCGCGUCCAGGCAUACAACAAAUGGCGGAGAAGUACGAGCUGCAACAUUUUGGCACCUGCCCGCGGGUGUAUUGCAACUCGUGCAAGGUGCUCCCCGUGGGGUUGAACGACAGCCCUGGCCACGAGACGGUGAAACUAUUCUGCCCUUCCUGUUUAGACGUCUAUACGCCCCCGAACUCGCGCUUCCAAACCGUCGACGGUGCCUUCUUCGGCACGACGUUCCCCUCGCUCUUUUUCAUGACCUUCACGGACCUCGACAUUGGCGGCGGCGUCCGCAGCAACCCCUCCAGCGCCGCGGAUGCCCUGCUCGCGAUACAAGCUGCCAACCGAGAAGCCAAGGCCGGAAAUAACACCACACCCGCCAACGUCACGUCAAUAAACGGCGUUGCGCCACACAAUCUUGCGCCCGGCCUCGGCCCAGGAAACAUCUACGAGCCGCGCAUAUACGGCUUCAGAGUUAGCGAGAGGGCAAGGUCAGGACCGCGGAUGAAGUGGCUGAGGAUGAAACCUGCGGACGUCACGGAGCUAGAUGAGACGAGGAGGUACUGGGAAGACCGUGGAGAGGACGGGGACCGGCCAGAUGACGAUGAUCUAAACAUGGUGGACGUAGCAGACGGAAAAGCAGUAGACAGGAGGAAAAAGAUCGUCGGUAGGACGCGGAGGCGAGCAAAUGGUAAUGCAGGCGGUAGUCCAAUGGAUACGAACGGCGUGGGUGCGGCUGGUUAG